AUGCAAGUUACCGAAAGUUCGACGACUGACUCCAAGGAUUCGGUGUUGGUGGAAACUGUUCCUAUUGCUGCAGAAUUACCCAACCAAUAUUCAGAGACCACGCUAUCGACUGAGUCAAUUACAACGACAACUCAAAAGUUUUCGGAACUCUCCACAAGUGGCCAGAGUGAAUCUCCUACGCAGUAUUCAGUAUCGACUGCUACCGUUUCCGUCACUUCUACACCAAUUGUCACCACAGAAAUUGAUUCAACUUCAAUAAGAGAAGAGGAGACUACAACUGUAUCGAUAAUUGAAAAUAAGUCCAACAUAAUGAACACCGUGGAAGACAUUACAACUGAGGUGAUAUCAACAAUUCAAAAUGAGUUCGCCACGUUACCUACGCUUGAGGAAACCGCAACUGAAGUUUUAUCAACAAUUCAAAAUGAGUUCGCCACAUCAACUACGCUUGAGGAAACUACAACUGAAGUUUUAUCAACAAUUCAAAAUGAGGCCUCUUCUUCAACCACGCAGGUUGAGACUUUAAGCCAAAAUGUUUUAACAAUCGAAGAUGACCCUAGUAUAUCUACUACCCAGGCAGAGAUUACAACUAAAAGUGAGUCUAUCUCGGAUUAUCCACUAACGCUUGAACGCGUGUCCGUCACUCCUACUUCAUUUGCCACCACGGCAAUUUAUUCAAUUUGGACCGCAGAAGGAGAGUUUAAUGCGCAAGGUCAUACUACAAUCGAAAACGAGUCCACUAUAACCCGAGGUAUUCCUACGUCUCAGCAUGGGUCCACUACACCUACCCCACAAGAGGAACAAGAGAAAACUUCAACUAAUAGCGUGUCAACCAUGCAAAGUCCAAUCACAAGUUUACCGCUGGAUACAACUAUUGCCAUUGAGCCAACCACGUUCUCUGAGCUAACUGAGAUUUCCACAACAUCCACUGAAAGCACAGUUAACUUAUGGACUGCAAUAACAACCACUACUAAAGCAAUUUUGGAAACUUCUAUGGAUAAUACUUUAAGAGAAGAAGCCAUCGAAGGGGCUACAAGUACAGCUUCUGUCCAUGAUGAAACAACUCAGUCAGAUAAUUUGCAACCUACUGUCGUUUGUUUUAACAGUGGAGAAACGACUACAAUGGGUUCAGACGCUACUGAGUUCAAUCUUAGUAAUCUAACAACACUAACGGUAACGGAGUUUAGUACCGAAAGUAGUACAACGGAUUCAUCGGAAGAUCGGUCUGUUACCAGCCUAAACUAUAAUAUUCAAAACACCUUACCUUAUGAACUGGUCGUCGAUAAUAGUGUCGAAGAGGCUAAAACCAUAGAAACUUCAACAAUAGAAGCUGAAAGAUCAGACGACUUUGCAGAUUCAAAUAGUAUUACGGUUGAGGAUACACUAAUGAAGCCUAUGACAUUUACUUACGACACUGACGUUAUGCCUACCUUAGAUUAA